GCCCCUUUUAUAAAUAUCUCAUAAUCACUUCAGUCAUACUAAACUCACACUAGGUAUUAAUGACAGAAAUCAACUUUGAAUACUUUGAUCCUCAAGUAGAACUUGGUACUUUGGAUGAAAAUGGACGACCUAUUCGACCUCGUAAAAAACCUGGAAGAAAACCUAAUCCACCUUCACCAGCACAAAGAAAAGCACAAAACCGAGCAGCACAAAGAGCAUUUAGGGAACGUAAACGAAGGGAAAUGCAUGACGCAGAGACUAAUAUCAAAAAAUGUAUUCAACAACGAGAUCAAGCUCUACGCGAAGUCAAUUCUCUUCAACGCACAGUCAAACAACUUCGAUAUGAAAACAAUUAUCUCAAAGGUAUGAUGCUUACUUUAAAAUUGGCUUGUUUCUCCCAUGGUAUCAAUGUCCCCAAGUUUUGGAAUACUGGUUCUACUGACAACGUUGGCUCUGAUAUACUUAGUCUCUCGAAAACUGAAGGUAUACCUCAAAAUCUGGAAUUUUUUCUCGACAACAACCUUCAUAUUAUCAAUAAAUCACCAGAAUUUGUACCAGCCGGAAAUUCACCAACAACUUCUUCCACUUAUCAACAACAACAACAACAACCUACAAAUACUAUUCUCUCUACCACCACUUCUAAUACAACAAUACCUGAUACAUUUAUGACCACACCCAGUAGCCAUUUUUAUCCCACACCUACUGAUCUAUCAUCAUUUAUGUCUCCUACAUAUUCCCCUGCUGUGGUAACACCGGAUUUCAUUACUACAUCCACGGAACCUCAGCAACCUCAACAACAACAACAACAACAAUCAUCAAAACCUAUGGAUGAUCUUUUCACUCUACUCAAUGACCCUUCUUCAAAAACGUCUUCCUGGUCUCCAUCCAAUACGAAUCAUACCUUUCACUCGCCUCAUACAUCCAAACUUAAUUCCACCAUGGCUCAACAACAUCACUUGGGAUCCUCCUUACCGACUUCUUUAUCUGAUUCAACAAAACAUAUAUUUCCUCCUAUGUCAGCUUUGGAUGCUAUCAAUUAUUUACGACGUAUCAAUCGGGAAAGAUCAUAUACGCGAUCUGUAUUUACACCAACUGAACUUCAACGCACGGUACCUCAUGAUACUAGAAUUGAUUAUGUGCCUGGGCCUUUGAUACGUGAUCAUAUGAUCGUCUUCCAAGGAUAUUAUGAUGCCAAUGCAUUAUUUUCCUUUUUGAUCAAACAAUCAGUUUUUUUGGGUGGAGAACUUGGCAAUCCGGAUUGUUGGUUUGUGCCUCCUAGUUUCUUUCAAACUUACUGGUUUUUGAUGCCAAAUCAUCGACCUCGACGUAUAGACAAUGCAAUUGAAAUGGCCGUAACGCAAGGGAGAACCUUAUCAAGAAUGAUGUUCCAACGAAAAAAGAUGUAUCUGGAUCGAGAAAAGUUUGCCGAUUAUUUCCCACCCAUCAACAACAAUGGUGAUAACAUGAUCAAAUCAAGUCGUAGUAAUAAUGCCAACAGUAGAAAAAAGCAAGGUGAGGAUGAUGAUGGAUCCAUGAUAUCAUCGGAUCGGGCGGAUGACUCUGAUGGGGAUCCUUGGGAAAAUAUCUUGACGGAUGAUGAUCCUGUACGAUGUGAUGAUGUUCCUUUAGAUGUUGUUAUGGACCUGAUGAAAACGUUACCUAAAAUGUCACCACCCAAUGUAUUUAGUUUUUAGUAUAAUCACAUGCACAUAUAUUUAUUCAUUAUUACAUAUUCAAUUUGAUUGUAUUAUUAUUAUUAUUAUUAUGUCCUAGUUUAGAUGGAUCAUAUCUCAUUGACAUUUUGUAUUGAAUAAAGGAAUUCUGAAAUAUGUUGAAUUAAGAUGAUUUGCCACGUGGGGCAAA